AUGAUAAAAAAAAUAAGAAAGAAGGAUCAACAUGCUUUUGAAUGCAUUGAAAUGGACCAAAUAAAUAAAUUAACUGAUAAAGCAAUAGAAAGCAAUUCAGAAAACGAUAAUAUAAAUGUAAAUAAAUUAAGUCAUUAUUCUUCAAUAGAUAUAAAUAAAAAGUCAUUUAUUGAUGAUGAAAAAAAUGUAUGUAAUAAAAUAUAUGAAACUAUGAAUAACCAAAAUAAUGAAAAUUUAAAAAAUCGAGAUGUUAAUUGGUUUGAAAAUAAUGAUAUCGAAGAAGAUAAGUUUAAUUCUAUUAAUAGUGAGGAUGAUUUUCGUCAAAUGGUAAUAGGAAUGAAACGAAAUGAAAAAAAUGAUAAAUUGUUGAAUUUAGAUAAAAUUCUCGAAAAUGAUUCAAACCAGACACUUGCACCUUUUAACGAAUGCAUUGAACAUAUCGAAUAUGACGAAGAUUUCCAUAAAAAAUGUGCAAACAAUUUUCGUGAACAUACUGUUGACUUAAUAAAUGACACUCACGAAAAGGAUGAAAAAAAUAGUGGGAAAAAUGAACAACUUGAUCUAAAACAAACAUACACAAAUUGUGGCAAAAAUGAGCAAAACAAUCUUGUUAUUGAUAAUAAUAAUGAUAAUAAUAAAUUUUAUAAAGUAAAUAGUGAUCCAGAUAUCAUGGACUCAAGUGAUAUAGAUCUUCAAAAUGUUUUAAAAAAAAAUAAAACUCGUGAUAUUUUCCAAUUUAAGAAAAAAGGAGAGGGGGGAAAUAUUCUAACCCAAACCUGCACUUCCGAUUUCAAAGAUAUUACAAAUAUAACAAUUCCAUUUUCUAACAUAAAAAAAGAAAAUGGAAAAAAUUAUAACCAGAAUGGCAAUGACGAGAAGAUUGCCGAUCAUCCUACCCGUCUGAGCAAUCAAAGUGCCAAUGCACUACAAAAUAACAAUUUGAAUAAAAAAGAAAAUAUUUCUCAAAAGUUGAAUUAUCUAAAGCCUGAAAGUUUAACUCCAAACAACGAGACAACAAAUUAUAUGGAUGAAGUUAUUAGAAAAAUGACGGAAAUUGUUGAUAAAAAAAAAAUGAAUUCAAAAAAUGAAAUGAUAACUGAAAUGGACGGUGAUAAUAAGCCAGAGUCAAACAAAUUGCAAAUAUUAGAUAAACAUAAAAUUAAAAGAAAUGAUUUAAAGCAUUCUCUUAAAAAAUACCAUUCUAAUAAUGUUAUGCCACGAAGGCAAUCAUCAAAUGAUAUAUAUACUUUUGAACAUUUUUCAAAUAAAAAAUUUCAUAGCACUAAUAAUAUAGAAGAUAUCAGUGAUUCCAUGUUUGAUUAUUCUCCUGAAAUAUUAAAUCGUAAGGGAAUUGAAAUAUCAGAAAAAAAAGAGGGAGAAGUGAAAAAUGGAAAAGAUCUAGUAGAUGAUAAUAUUAAAAAUGACAUAAUUUCAGAAACUGUUGCAUUUGAAAAAAAUUUUAAAAAUUUAAUAACUGAUGAACAUUUUUCUUUAACUCCUGCUAAUAGGAAUGAAGAAAAUAGUCUGAAUUUGUAUGGCAGUAUUUCAGAUAUGUCUACCAGAAAUGAAUCAAAAAUGAAAAUGAAUAAUAGAAAUGAAUUUUUUAAAGACAAUACUAUCCGUAGUUUUAUAAACCAAGCAAGGGAAUCAUUUGGAAUAAAAGAAGGGAAUAAGAAUACCGAAAUAAAUAAAGAAAUAAUAGAAUUAAUAGAACAUGAUAAAAAAAAACAAAAUAAUAAUAAUGAAGAAAUUAAAAAUCCAAUAGAAUCUUCUCCUGUUGUUGAAGUUAACAAUCAUGUAGAAAGGGUUCACACAACAGGAGUUGUUGAUUUAUAUGAAAAUAAUUUUAAAACAAUAUCACAAAGGCCAUUAAGCAUUGAUCAAAUUAAAAAUAUGAAUAAUUUUCAAAAUUUAGAAAAAAAUAAUUAUGAAUUUAUUAAAAACAUUGAAAAUGAAAAUAAAGAAACUGAGGUAAUUAGCGGCCCAGUUAAUCGAUUAACUAGUAAAGGUGGAAAUAUAAUAAGAAAUUUAUUGAGAGUUGGAAAUAAAACCGAUAAAAAUAUUAUUUUAAAUAUUCAUAACAAAAGUAGUAUUGAAAAAAAAUUUAUGACAAAUUCAACAGAUAUAAAUAUUCUUCAAAUUAAUAAUAAAACGAAUAAUACAUCUAUUUGUAAAGAUGAACAAGUAGAUGCAACAGGUGAAACUGAAAAAUAUACAACAUCACUUGUUAAUGAUAAUAAAAUAAAAAGAAGAAUAAUUGAUUGCAAAAAUGAUAAAUUAAAAUGGGGAGCAACACAAGUAAUUAUCGAUAUAGAUGAUACUAUUAGAUCAAGUGGUGGUUAUAAACUUUUUAAUUAUGCAUUAGGUGGUGUGGAUGCACAAUAUCAUAGAGGGGAAACAUAUCCAGGUUCUUUUCAAUUCAUAUUUGAAUUAGCAAUGAAUAAAUUACCACCAGAAUGUAAACCUUUGUUAUUAUCUGUUUUAACUGCUCGAAUACCCCAAGUCCCAAUAACUGAAAAUUCAUUUUUAAAUAUAAAAUUUAAUGAAGUAGCAGAAAGAAGAGGAAUUAAAAAUUGGGGUAUUGAUUGUGAUAAUAAAACUUUAUAUUCUACUUUAAAAGAAUGGGUAUGGAAUGAAACCAGAGGAGAAAAAAAAUUUAUUAAUUUUAAACAAUUACAUAAACAUGUUGUACAUCAAAAUUCCCUUGUUCGAUAUAUAUGGAUUGGAGAUACAGGUGAUAUGGAUAAACAAGCUGGUGAAAUGAUGAUUAAAACUUUUCCACAAAGAAUGAAAGCUGUUUUUUUACAUCAUGUAAAAGGAAAAGAUGAUGAAACAUUAUUACCAAAUGAUUAUUUUAUUAAAUCGGUUCCUGUAUUCUUUUUUCGAACUUAUAUUGGAGCUGCCACAAAAGCCUAUGCAUAUAAUUUGAUAGAUAAAAAAGGCUUAACUCGAGUUCUUGUUCAAGCAGUUUUAGAUUUAGAAAAAAGCCGAACACCUUCUAGUUCAUCUAAAUGGGAAGACUUAAUCAAAGACAUCUUAUUAAGUGAUGCAAUUGAUGAACUUGAUAAAUAUAAUGCAGAGACAGUUAAUAAAACAAAGAAAAUUAUAUCAUAUCGUAUGAAGGAAAUCUCAGAAAGAAAAUUGCAUUCUACCAGUUAA